AUGAGUAACAAUAAUAAUGGAUUGAAUGAUUUGGAGUUAUUGAGACUAAUUCAGUAAGAAUUUCAAUAGGAAAAAUCACCUGUUUAUGAUCAAAUUAGUGAGUAAUAUUCUUCAGUUAGUGAUGACGAAGAGAUAAUUAUAAGAGAUCCAUCAUCUUAAAUAACUGAUGAGUCCUCAUUAUCACAACAAUAAGAAAAGAAAAAAAGUAGAUGGAAAUAUUGUUGUUAAUAAUGCACUAAAUCUGACAAAGGUUCCAUUAAACCUAAAACUUGCGUUUGUAUUGUACCUGCUUCAUAGAGAAGAAUUUAAAUUGGUGAAUAGGGAUGUUUAUCUUGCCAUUGUACAGGAUGUUCUAUUGAGGAUGAAAAGAAAAAAUAAAAAAAAAUAAAAAAGAAGAGAAAAUCUUCUUCAGAUUCAAGCUCAGACGAUUCUUCAGAUUUCAAAACUGUGAAUGGAUGCUGUAAGAAAUGUAUGAAGGCAUUCUCUAAAAAAGGGAAAGAAGCUAAAUCAUGUUUAUGCCAGGUUCCAAGGGCUGUCAGAAAGAAACCUCUUCCUCCUCAUGGUUGUCAGUAUUGCGGAUGUCAUGGAUGCAAUCCAGAGGAUAAGAAAAAAGAGAAGCCUAAAAAAAAUAGUCGAUAAUUAUCUCCUGUGUCUAGCGAUUUGAAUGAACAGAAUCUUAAUAACUUUUAAAAUGCUCGUAAUAUUGGGUUAUGA